AUGGACGGCAUCUACCGAGACCCGCCCCCAUCCCCACCGAUACAGACUACUCCUAUUGUCCUAAUACGGGAACACUACAAUGAGGCUCUGUGCCCGGCGUAUGAGCAAUUCUUGGCCCAAUUAAGAUGGCGGCCAAACAAAAGCGGCCCGUCGGUCCUUGCUGACGGUCCGACUUACACGUCUACAACGCCCGUUCAGUAUCAUACCAGACCUUCUCACUCAUCUCUCGAGAAAGAAGAAAAUCGAAGGUUCAAGACAGACAACCCUCCAAUCGACUACAAAAUGGCAUCUCAAGACAUUGUUUCCAUCUUCCAGGCCUUCCUGAACGCAGUCAACAACAAGAAGUGGGAUGAAGUUCACAACCACCUCCAGCCGGUAGUGAGAGCAACCUACAACGAAAACACAGAAAGCAGAGACCAGUUCAUCAACCGCCUCACCACAACGGCCGAUAAGGGCAGUAUCUUCAGCGCAGACCAGCGAUGCCCCCGAGGGGACCUCAUCCUCGUCUUCUUCGAGAACGGCAAGAUUGUCCGUCUCUACCAGGUCGCAAACCAACAGAGCCGGGGAGUAGGUCCCGUGCCCGCGCCGCCGUUCGUGCCCGAGUACGCCGCCAAGGGCUCCCAGAACCCAAUCUCGGCCGCCAAGAUCGAGGCGCUGUACCGCAAGUACAUCUACAGCUACAACGACGGCACCAUGCCCACCGUGCUGCCGGCGCUGUGGGCGGAGACGAUCUCGAUGCACGGGAACCUAGUGCCGGCGGUCGGGGCCGUUGGGUUCCUGGGCAAGAUUCUGCUGCCUGUCAUCGCCGGACUCAAGUAUGAGGUUGACGAGUUUGUGGUUGAUGAGAAGAAGCAGCAGAUCGCCGUCAGGCUGUCCAUUUCAGGCGUGCCUCAGAAUAAGAAUCUGCAAAAGAAUGGCCCGGAUGGGAAGGUUACUGUCUAUGAGCAUGCUUUAUACGGAUAUGAGGAGGGUAAGGUUGCUUGGGCUUGGGCUGCACAGGCUUUCGACAUGAGACCUCCCUCGGUACUCUCAGACCCAAAGCAUUUCACCUUCGAUGCUAUCCUUGGACACCUUAGAGAUCAUUUAUUGUCGCCCAUCCUGUUGAAAACGCACUCCUUCCACUUGUGGAUCCUACACCUUGUAGAAAUGAAUCACAUUCCUCAACGCAGUAGUUCCGUAACCAAGAUCGCCUCUGCAAGAAGAGAGUAA